UUGAGGUUAUACAUUCCCAAAUAAGGUGUGGGAGGUAGUGUCAGUUUUGCUUGCACAAUAAUUCUUUUCUCUCCAAAUGUCACCGUAAUUUUAAUAUUUAAAAUACCUUAAACUGUUGUUUAGUAACGAUGAGCAAGAAAAAUAACGCCCAAAAGAACUCAGCCCGUAAAAACGCGGCUGUCAACCGAAAAAAGAAUGAGCUGCAGCUCCUAGUGAAUGAACUGUUCAAAUAUGUUACCAGCUUUUCAUUGCAUAUGAAGCUAAAUGAUGAAUGGGAUGCAUUUGUGAAAAUCAGUGAUUAUGUGUCAAAAAUUAUUAAUGUGGAAAAAGAUUUCAGCAAACCACUUCCAGCGAGAAAAAUCAGCAAAAACUUUGACAGUUGGCUUGAAAGCAAUGGAGCACAAUUUGAAGGCCUCAAGUUAGCAGAGCUAAGUGAUUAUGGCUGCGGAUUAGUGGCCACGAAGGAUAUAGAGUCUGGUGAAAUGAUCUUGAAAAUUCCUAGGAAACUCAUGAUGACUGUUGAAGACGCAGAGUCCUCUCAUUUAAAUAAACUCAUUCAAGAGAACACCAUAUUGCAACAUAUGCCAAAUAUUACGUUAGCACUUUUCUUACUCUAUGAAAGAUUUAAACCGCAGAAAUCGUUCUGGGAACCGUACUUUAAUGUUUUGCCACAUUCUUAUCCAACUGUUCUGUACUUUAAUCAAAGUGAAAUGGAGGGUCUCAGAGGUUCACCAGCAUUUGAGUUUGCCAUGAAGCAGUAUCGACACAUUGCUCGGCAGUAUACAUAUUUCAAGAAAGUUUUUGAGCAAUCAAAUGAUGAAGCUAGCAAAGUUCUUCGAGACAUUUUCACUUUUGAAAAAUACAG